AUGUUUUCUACUACUGAAAUCAAAGAACGUCUAACGAAGGCCUUUUCAUCUUUGCAGGAAAAUGUCCCCAAGGCCGUCGAAAGGAAAGUGGCGAAGAAAGAGAAGCAUGUGGUGAAGGCUAGUUCAAAUACUGCUACCAAGCCAACUACCUCUUCAAGCCAGGGAAUGCCUUCUGGUGUUGCUCCAGAAAAAACGAAGAAGAGUUCAAAGGGUAGUGGCAAGCCUCCUUUGACACCCAAGAAAAGAAAAGCCUCUACUGCUAAUAUAAUUCUUGUCGAAGAUGAUGAAGAGGAUACUCCUCCAACUCCACUCAAGAAAAAACAGAAGAAAAAUAAGGCAACAAUUUCCCCUUUCCAACUAAAUAAACAACAAGGUAUCGAAACCACCACUUUCCCUCCUCUUCCAAAGAAAAUUCCAUCCCAGCCUUCUGGUGGCGCAGCGUUGGAGCACAUUGGGAGCAAUGCCUCCGACCCUGAGGUUCAACAGGACAAAGUCACUACUCCUCUCAUUUCUACUGUUAAUCAAAGUGACCCUUCGAGCGACAUGAAUCCAUCUCCUCCUCCGACAAUCAGCGGUGCUAUCCAAAACAAAGGCUCUUCGACUGGAGCUCAAAAUCUUGAAGCAGAUAAUGCUCAGAACGAAGAAGAAACCUCUUCUCCUGGUGAAGAUGGUAAAGGAGAUUCGAAGCACGUUGACGAGAAGGACUCAACAGAGAAAGAAGAUUCUGGGGAUACUCCUAGUAAUUCUCCUGCCAGAGUUGCGUUCCCUUCGGAUGAUGCUGAUGAGGAUGAUCAAGUUUCAGAUGAGAUUGAGGGGUAUUUUCAGGAAGAUGAAGACAUGAAUGUGGAAGAAGUUGAUACAGGGGGAAAUCAAACUGGAACUAGUAAUGCCAGCGUCGACACGGUCCCAACUCCAACUAAAGUUCGACCAUCCAUCACCCAGACUUCACCUAUACCACUUACUGAGGAGGAGAAAAUAUCUUUAAAAAAAUGA